AUGCCCCUGAGGAUUUGGAUUCUAAUGACAAGCUCAUUGAACUCUUCGAAAACUGGAUCUCCAACUUCGAGAAAGCUUACGAAACCAUUGAAGAGAAGACGGGAUGAGGUAGCACAAGUGGUAAAGGCCUUGGGGGCCAAUGGUCAUGCUCCUGGAUUCGAACCAUCUGGUGGGGAACUACCUCUUCCCUAUCACCAAAUGCGGUACUGGAUGUUGGGCCUUGUCCUCAGCUCAGGUAUAAUCCUCCCGGGUGAAGUGGACCGCUGCCUGACCGGGCCCGGGAGAAUAAUCCCCGAUAACCUGAAACACAUCGACUAGACUAACAAGAAAGUGAAAAGCUACUGGCAGUGGCUUGGUCUCAACGAGUUUGCGGUUGAAGAAUUCAAGAAUAAUUAUUUAGGGCUCAAGAUUGACAUAGCUAGACGUGAUGAUGAAAGAUCUUACGAAGAUUUUGCUUAUAAGGACGUUGAGGCUUUGCCUAAAUCUGUUGACUGGAGAAAGAAAGGAGCCGUAGAUGUCAGGAACCAGGGCUCUUGCGGAAAUUGUUGGACAUUUUCGACAGUAGCUGCAGUGGAAGGUAUAAACAAGAUUGUGACAGGAAACUUGACAACAUUGUCGGAAUAAGAACUCAUCUGUGACACAACCUGCAACAGUGGGUUCAACGGUGGUGGUCUCAUAGAUUACGUUUUUGAGUACAUUGUCAAGAACGGAGGCCUUCGCAAAGAAGGGGAUUAUCCUUACUCCAUGGAAGAGGGAACUUGGGAGCGAUAAAAAACAAUUAUCUUUUAGCAAAAAGAAAAAAAGAAAACUUGGGAGACCCAAAACGUUUUUGCGAUGAAUCUGAAAUGGUGACUAUAAGUGGGCACCAAGAUGUACUUAGGAACGAUGAAAAGAAUCUCUUGAAGGCAUUGGCUCAUCAACCUCUGAGCGUCGCUAUCGAUGCAUCUGGUAGAGAGUUCCAGUUCUACAGAGGAGUGACUGAUGCAGGCUUCAACACGAGUUUGUCUCAAGACGCUAUCAAGUUGCCAGAGACUCUUCUGAUAUUAUUCAACAAUGACCGUUAGUUCCUGCAAAACGACAGAGUAGAGAACACACAAAGUUCUAUGUGAUCUCUUGACUCUAAACCAUAAACCGUAAAGCAGUAUCAGAUUAUUAGGAACCUUAUACAUACCGACAAAUGCUUACAUGUAUAAAUAGACUUCGCUCCACACAUAUCACAAGUCCUAAAACAUUAAUUAUAUAUAUUAAGUGAAAAGUCUUGAAAAAAGUGUAUCAUGAAAAACAAAUUGAAACUACAUAAAUAGUCUUCAUUACUUCAUAGCAAAUGCCAUUCAUGGCUUCUUCGGAGUUUCAUUUCCAACGUCAUUCUUCAACAAACGCCUUCAGAAGAAGACUUAAUAACUCCAUGAUGGAACAAAAGAGAAGCAUUCACUUCCUGGCAAUGACUUAAGUGGAUGAUAGCAACUUUCUUGACUUGAAGAUCGAAUCUAACGUGACUCUUUGUGCAGCUCUUGAUCACUUCAGAUAGUUCUUUCACAGUUUUAACUUCCACUCCGUUAACCACUAUCACAACAAAUAGCUGGGUAAAAGAGGUGUAUCCAGUGUUGAUCUCAUGUUCUAGUACCUGCAAAAUAGAUAUACAAGUUAUAUAUCAA